GAAGUCUUGGGGUAGAAGGGGGUUUCCAACCGAAGUCUCUCUGAUCUCUUCCGCUUAUAGCAGAAACCCCUUACUGUUCUUAGUCCUUAAAAAUCCCGUCCAGCAGCCCAAGAUCCUACAACAAGAUCGAGGAGCUCAACAAUUUCUUGGCGAUGGAUUCUCUACCGGCGGAGAACCCCUCGCCGUCACCAUACUCCUCGAAGCCCGACCGCUCCUCGCCGCCGGCGAGAUCCGGUCCCCUUUUCUACACGCCUCCGCGUUACAACCAGUUUUCAUCCUCUUCGCCAUCUCCCUCCCCUCGCGUCAUCUACAGCGAUCGAUUCAUCCCUAGCCGCCUUGGUUCCAAUUUCCAUCUCUUCAAUGUAGAUUCCCCUCCUAUGACUGGCGGGAAGGAGGAAGGCUCCGGAGCCUAUGCGGCGAUUCUACGGACGGUCUUAUUUGGUCCGGAUCACGGCAUCGUGCCACCGGAGACGCCUGAUAGGUCUUGGUCCGGGAGGGUCGGGUACUCAUCUUCCCCUUCCUCAGUUUCAUCUAGUCCAAGCAAGAAUAUAUUUAGAUUUAAGGCUGAAGUGCCGAGAUACUCUAUUUCUCCUAUGGGGGUCGACGAUCUACUCCCCGGAGUUUCCCCUACUCAGCCUAUGGCGGCUAGGAAGGUCUCUAGGUCACCUUCUAAGGUUUUAGAUGCGCCGGCGCUGCAGGAUGAUUUCUAUCUUAACCUAGUUGAUUGGUCUUCGAGCAACAUGUUGGCUGUGGGACUGGGGAAUUGCGUUUAUCUUUGGAAUGCUUCCAGUAGCAAGGUGACAAAACUCUGUGAUUUGGGCGUUGAUGAUGCUGUUUGUUCUGUGGGUUGGGCACGGCAAGGCAGCCACUUAGCUGUUGGAACUAGCCAGGGGAUAGUGCAGAUAUGGGAUGCAUCACGCUGCAAGAAGAUAAGGAUCAUGGAAGGCCAUAGAUUGAGGGUUGGAGCUCUAGCAUGGAGUUCAUCUUGUCUAUCUUCUGGGAGUCGGGAUAAGAACAUUUUUCAGCGUGAUAUACGUGUGCAACAAGAUUAUGUCAGUAAACUUUCAGCUCAUAAGUCUGAGGUUUGUGGGCUGAAGUGGUCCUAUGAUAAUCGUCAACUUGCAUCAGGUGGAAAUGAUAAUAAACUUUUUGUUUGGAAUAUGAAUUCAACUCAGCCUGUACAUAAGUACUGUGAACACACUGCUGCGGUAAAAGCUAUUGCUUGGUCUCCACAUGUUCAUGGCUUACUAGCAUCUGGUGGUGGAACCACUGAUAGAUGUAUCCGGUUUUGGAACACCACGACCAAUUCUCAUCUCAGCUGCAUGGACACAGGAAGUCAGGUCUGUAAUCUUGUAUGGUCGAAGAAUGUUAAUGAACUUGUUAGCACUCAUGGCUAUUCCCAAAAUCAAAUAAUUGUAUGGCGAUAUCCAUCGAUGUUGAAGGUUGCUACACUCACAGGCCAUACGUUUAGAGUUCUUUAUUUGGCCAUGUCUCCUGAUGGGCAGACAAUUGUCACCGGAGCAGGAGAUGAAACGCUCAGGUUCUGGAAUGUUUUCCCCUCUCCGAAGUAUCAGAGCACUGAGAACAAGAUUGGAGCUUUCUCCCUUGGCAGGAGCGAGAUAAGAUGACAAUUGGAAUCUCAUGUUCAAACUCUAUAAAGAAAUAGUUAUCAAAUAAAACAAUCGAUUCUAUUUUAUCGGCUGGAAGGCGAAGCCUUUGUUUAUCAUUGUUUUGCUGGCUAUCCUCAUGUUUAUUCUGGAGCUGAUUGAUUCACAGAAGAGUUAAAGCUAGUUUGUUCCAGCAUCUGUCCUUUACUGGCUCUGAUUACAAGUUUUGGGAUGCCGGCUUAGUUGAUCAAUGAUUGUUGAUAAGAAAUGGAUGGCAGGUGGGUUGUCACAAUCCUCUGUAUUAAUAAAGGAAAUUGUCAUUAUUUUCUUCUACCAAUUAUCAAUUAUAUUUUGCAUAGCUGUAUUAUUUUGGUUUUUAUCCAUAUUCAUAAUUUAUAUUUCUUUUUUUUUUAUUGUGAUUUGGGGAUGAUGUUAGGGAUGAGCUGUUAUUAUUUGUAAGAGAAGAUUGAAUUUGAGGCAUAUUACAGAUAUCUUA